GUGACGUCACAAUGAGACUAUACAAACGUGUCACGUGGGUCUACGACGAACGUAAACACACCGACGAGAGAACGAUACAUAGCUGACCCGGCGACAGACGGGACUGGUUGAGAAGAUAUCCAAGUGGUAAAGGCGUCCUGCAGUAGCUGGCCAAGAUGACAAAUGAAAAGGGAAAGGAGACUCCUCCAAGCUACACAGAAGCUAUGGAACUCCCUGAGAAAAGUGCUGAGAAGCAAGACCCGGCCGAAAUGCUCACUUUAAAAUUUACCAAAAUGAAAGUCAUUAAAAAUCUGCUGGUUGUGAGCGUGGGAUUCCUUUUCCUGUUUACAGCCUUCCAGUCCAUGUCUAACCUCCAAACUAGCCUCAACAUGAGGAGCGGGGUGGGAUCGGGCAGUCUCUCCAUCUUGUAUGGCGCGUUAGUAGUAUCGUGUCUAUUUGUUCCACCUUUCUUGAUCGCACAUCUUGGUUGCAAGUGGACCAUACCACUCUCAAUGCUGGGUUACAUCCUGUACAUGUGCGCCAACUUCUACCCCGUGUGGGGUACCAUGGCGCCUGCUGCUGUUAUCCUGGGGUUUGGAGCUGCACCAUUGUGGUCCGCUAAAUGCACUUAUCUCACACAAACUGGAGUUUGGUAUGCUAAAAUGACUGGAAAAACAGAAGAUGCCGUCAUCAAUGCUUUCUUUGGUGUUUUCUUCAUGAUUUUUCAAACAAGUCAGGUGUGGGGCAACCUUAUUUCAUCCACGAUCUUCAAGAAAGAAUCAACAGAAUCAAACACUACAAACACUACAAACACUGGACAGGAGUGCGGGGCAAACUUCUGCCCGCAAAGCAUCAACUUCACCGACAAUACCAACCUGGAUAGACCAGUGGAGGACAAGGUGUACAUUGUCUGUGGAAUCUAUACAGGAUUUGCCGUACUUGCCGCUAUCACUGUCAUCCUUUUCCUCGACCGAAUCAACCUCGACAAGGAUGACAAUAAGACUAGCAAAAAAGUGUCGCCCCGUCUUCUAAUCUCGACAUUUAAACACCUGAUAGAAUCCCACUACCAGAAGCUGCUUAUCCCAUUGACAAUCUACAGCGGGGUGGAACAAGCUUUCAUCACUGGAGACUUCACACGGUCCUACAUCACGUGUUCAAUGGGCAUAUCCAACGUGGGAUACAUCAUGAUCUGCUAUGGAGUGGUAGAUGCACUGUGUUCUUUCAUAUUUGGCCGCAUGGUUCAAUACGUUGGACACAUUCCGUUCUUCAUUCUGGCUUUCCUGGUCCAUGGAGGAUGUCAGAUUGCGCUACUUCUGUGGAUACCGAAUCCAGACGCCGUUGCGGUGUUCUACAUCAUCGCUGCAUGCUGGGGAAUGGGAGAUGCAGUGAUCCAGACUCAGAUUAACGCGUUUUACGGAUACCUCUUCACGGAUAAUACCGAGGCGGCAUUCGCCAAUUAUCGCCUUUGGGAAUCGGUUGGAUUCAUCAUAACAUACGCCUACAACGACUUCUUGUGUACGUACAUCAAGCUGUACGUGUGCCUGGCGGUGAUGUGUGUGGGUAUGGUCGGCUAUGCCAUGACCGAGGUGCUCGUCAGACGUAACCUAUCCGAAUCCAGGGAUCUCUCAAACAAAUGAGCGUGCUUUGUGCACACUGCUACAUCAGAAAUAAGGCGAUUUCUCAUGACUACCUUAUUUGUACAUUAGACAUGCGCUAUUUGUGUAUGUAAGUUUCAUAUAUAUAAACAUUUGUAAACAGCUCGUAGAAACAUGAAAAGCAGUAUGAAAAAUCAACUGAUGGUGCAUAGUGAAUGGUGAAUGUCUCACAACACUUCACUGGUUUGGGCUUUGUUUGUUAGCCAUCUGACAUGGUCUUAGGUUGAUCAUUAUUAUCAUCACAAUCGUCGUCAUCAUCAACUUCCACUUCGCCAACGUCUCGCCUCAUCAACAGCAAUCAUGGUUAUGGGUUUGUUUUCAUAUUGUAACAAUGUUGCAUAUAUAUCAUCAUUUUGACCAAAAUAAUCGAGAUAAUAGUCAUCAUUUGAACAACUGGUAUAUUUACAUUGUAGGAACUUGUGACUGGUAUUCAAUCCUUUCCAUCACUGCUUUUCGGGGAUUCUUGCAUAUUAUAUUUCUAGUUUGCCUUUUACGCCAAUUGAACCUGUAAUAGCUGAUAAUCGAGAUUGGUUAUACUCUGGCCUGAAAUCUUCUUUUGCGAUUUAAUAUAUGACGUGCCAAUGCUGAUACAAUAAGAGGUGAACAUCACUUCCACUGAUGAAACAGGCUUUGUUCACAGAUUUAUGAAUGUGAAAGGUAGAACGCACGCAUUAUCAGAACUGGCGAUCUUUUAUGGGAUUAUGACAGGUAAAAGAAUACUACGGAAGCCUCUACAGGGGUCAUGAGUAGGUUAUUAAUUACUUGUAUGUACAAAUCUACAUGUGGAACGGGAAUUGCUUGUACAAACUAGCAAUAUGUCAUAUUGUGUGCAUCUGUUGAAAUGGCAAAAACAAAAUGAAGUGAAGGUAUGUUUACAUGGUCUCUGAUAACGAUGCUCAACGAUUCUGUCAUGAUUAAUCCAAACACAGAUUUCAGGUUUUCAGGCACCUCGUGCACGUCGUGCCCAUGACUUGCAUGCCUCUGUCAGUCCAUCAUCGGUUUGGGAUACUGUCGGAGUUACCCAGUCACUAAGUAACAGGGUAUUUCGAUUUAUACUUAAUUUAUUGGACGUGUUUUUUUAUAUGAUCGAAACUUGAUGCUUAAUGGUAUGUAGUAUCAUGCAUAUCAGUUCUUUUGCCUCUUAUGACAGAAAUUAUAAAGUGUGCCUUUUUAAAACUGUUUCAGUGUUAGUACAUUUCCCAUACUUUAAAGUGUUGUUAUGUAAUUAUACCGUAUAUAUGCUUUGUGUUGUUUAUAAAUAUACUUAGAGGACAUUCCUUUAAACAAUA